UUUUAUUCUGGGGUUUUAAUCGGAGUACAAAUACCAAGGGCGCUUCGAUAACUAUGCACCAUACAUAGUCAGCCUGUAUAUCUCUCAUAAUCCGUCCUGUCGACCGGCAAAAGAUCUGGAAUGUCUAUCCUCUACUCCGUGCUAUCUUCACCACCACCAGCAAUAGCAGUCUAACGUAUAUUUUUCCCUCCCUCAUUCAAGAACUGGCAGAGAAUUAUGCAAGACAUACAAGAUAUACAAGACAUAUUAUGCAGAAAUACCGCGAUGCCACAGUGGCGCGGAACCAGCGAAGCCCCGAACACCGACUGAAUAAUCACGUCGAAAGCGAUUCCGAUUAGCCAGCCCCUUAUGAAAAGCAAUAAAUAUAUACAUGCCAAGAUUAUCUGAUCAGAUAGGGCCUGUGUCGAGCCAAUAUAACCACCUCCUCGAAUCCCUAGUGACUCGCUGCACUGUAGCCAAGACUUCCUGCCAUCAUCUCGACAUGCUGCCACGGAGGACACGGUUGAAACCCUCCGACGAAGAGCCGGAGCCUCUUACGAGGGAUCCUACGGGUUUAGGCCAUGUAAGCUGACCUGAACCAGCUGAAUCGACGGUCUUCAUUACGUUAAAUCAACAGGGUUUGCUUCUGGGUUUUCCCGCCGACUCGAGAAUGAGGUCUCUGUGUCCGCCGUGGCAUUCCCCUGUGUCCUUUUGUUUCCCAUUCCUACCUUCUUGGCGACUGCUGUCAUUAUCAUGAGGUCUUUCCUGCUCGGUAUAGCUCUGUCCGUCUCCUGGGUCUCUGCAGUCUCUUUCAAUGCGUACGAUCUGGGCUUCCAUGGCCUGUAUCCCCGUCAGCGUUUCCACUCGGUUGACCUGGAGCCGCCCGCGCCCAGGAUAACGAGGUGGGAUUCCCGAUGCGACCCCGGAAACCUUUUCCUCACUCCCCGGGGCCCGUUGGUGCAGGGCCCGGCGCGGGGCCCCGUCAUGCUAGAUGCGAGAGGCAACUUGAUAUGGAUGAACAACAAGGAGUUCCAUCAGGCCCUGAACCUCAACGUGCAGAAAUACAAGGGGCAGGACUACUUGACCUUUUGGACAAAGACCGAGAAGAGCAGUCAUGCAAAACAUUCCAGAAAGUCAUAUGUGAUGCUCAACUCUUCCUAUGAGGUUGCGUACCGCAUAAAACCGCAUGGCAAAGGUCUGAAAGGAGAUUCCCAUGAAUUCCGUAUCACCGCACACGACACUGCGCUCAUAACGAUAUAUCAUAAACGCCAAGCGGACUGCACGGAAUUGGGCCUGGGUGAGAGCUGCUGGAUCCAGGAUGGUCUGUUCCAGGAAAUUGAUAUUGAGACGGGGAAUCUUCUGUUCCAAUGGCGAGCCACAGACCAUAUCCGCAUGGGCGAUGUAUAUAGCAGCCCUUCGCGCAAGGACGGUCACGGAAAAUCAAAACAGGACGCCUUUGAUUUCUUCCACAUCAACAGUGUCGACAAGAUGGAAUCCGGGGAUUAUCUCAUCUCCGCCCGUUACAUGCACGCUAUCGUGUGCAUCAGCGGUACCACAGGCGAGAUCCUAUGGCAACUGGGCGGCAAGAACAAUCAUUUCGAAGACCUGAACGGCGCAACCGAUUUCGCCUGGCAACACCAUGUAACGUGGCAAGGCAAUAACACGAUAUCCGUCUUUGACAACCACGCCAACAACGUCUUCCAUAGCCGUUCCAAACACAGCAAGGGCAUGCUGAUCCGACUCGACAUGCAGAAUAUGACGGCCAGCCUCAUCCAGAAAUAUGUCCACCCAGAUGAGAUUCUGAACGUAUCCCAGGGCUCCGUGCAAGUGAUCCGGGAACGCGGCAACGUGCUCGUCGGAUUCGGCAACUCGCCAACCUACGUCGAGUACUCAGCAGACGGCGAUGUGCUCUGCAGCGCGCACUUUGGACCCCACCUCAUCUUUGAGAUAAUCGACUUCGGAUUGGCGAAAUCGUACCGCGUAUUCAAGCAUCCGUGGGUUGGAAGGCCGAAGACGGUGCCGGACGUGAAGGUGAAGGGUCGGAAAGUAUAUGUGAGUUGGAAUGGCGCGACGGAGGUCACAUCGUGGAGGCUCGAAGCCGCUAGGGGGAGGGAUGACCAGUUCGCAACGAUUCAAGAGUUGGAGCGUGACGGCUUCGAGACGAGUUUUGCCAUUGAUGCCGUCGAUACAGCAAAUGGAUAUGUGAGGAUCGCCGCACUGGACGCUGCAAGGGGAGUCAUGGCAUAUUCGGCGGUCGUCAGCUCGACCUCGCCUUCAUGUGUACCGCUCUGGGUAAUCCUGCUCUUCAUAUUUGGCCUUGCGGGCAUUGUUUUCGUCUAUUGGAGAUUCGACCGACUUCCACGUCUUUCAAAGCUUCGAAAGCUUCCACACCUGCCCCGGAUUCCUCAUUUUCUACGACUUCCACGUUCUGUGCGGCUUCUGCGUCUUCCAAAGCUAUCUGCCCUCAAAGCCCGUUGGUAUACCGCCGUGAUGAAAGACCAGGAGUAUGACUGCGAAUCAGACCCUCUGUUGCUGAAUGAAACCCGUUCUAGCGUGUAGUUACUGCUGGUUGGAUCAAUGUUAGCACAAUGUAGUUCUACGAGGGGACGGGGAUUUGCAAUGGCUUCUAACAAGGAUAUCUGGCAA